AUGAAGUCCUUCGUUGCUGUCAUCGUCGCCAUGGCCGGUGUUGCCAUUGCCCAGCCUACCCUUCAGGCCCGUGAUGGAGUCUGUCCCGGUACUCUCUACAGCGUGCCGCAGUGCUGUGGCCCAAAUGUGCUCAACGUCGCUUCUCUGGACUGCAAGACCCCCUCCUCUGCCAGCGACAUCACCUCCUUCAAGGGAGCUUGCUCUGGGAGCAAGCCUCAGUGCUGCACCAUCCCCGCCGCAAAUCAAGGAGUUCUCUGCAUUGAUCCCGUUGGUGCUUAA